AUGAUCCCGCCUCAAAAAACCUCGCCCCUCCUACGUUUACCCCCAGAGCUCCGGCUCCAAAUAUAUUCCUACAUUCUCGACAUUCAGACACCCUAUACAUCCCUGCUAACAACCCACAGCAACCACCAUCACCACAACCGUCCCCUGAUAAUCAUCAACGACACCGGUAACAAAUUCACCACGCGACCUCUCUAUCGCUCUCUUCACAUCUCUCCAGCUUGGGUCGGGCUGGCCGAAACAUACAGCUCCAAAACGGAAAGCAAAAAGGCACGAGCAGGACUACAAGGGCCUCUCUCCCUCCUCGCCGUUAACCACCAAAUUCACGACGAAGUUGAAGACUACCUCUAUAGCACACACACGCUCUUCUUCCUCAACUCGUUCGACCUCGACUCCUUGGGCCCCUUCCUCGAUACACUGAGCACUACAGCACGGGCAAGAAUCCGGUAUAUCGGCUUUGAGGUAUAUCUCUUCGUGCACAACGGCGCAAACGCCUCUGGCUCAAAUACGCCGAAGCGAACUUUCCGGCAGUACGAGCGUGCGGCGAGGGUCCUCGAACAGAAACUGCCGAGCCUAACGGGAGUUGUCUUUUAUUUCGAUCCGUGGUUUGCGGCGUGCGUUGGGGGUGCGGAUGGGGAUGGGGCAGCCGGGUUCGGGCCUUGGUGUAAUGAGAAGGAGGUGCUAGGGAGGGGUGUUGGGUUCUUGGGGAGGGUAUUUGGGACUAGUGAAAAGGGGAUGAGGAGGAUGGAGAUGGAUUUCUUGCCCGAGGGGAUUGUUGCUUGA